AUGGAGAAUCACUUUGGCCUCUCCUUAGCAAGUGCCAUGCAAAACAGACCAAACUUCUCUGGUCAAAGAUUAAGAAGAGUUCAACUCCCACCUCUUCCAAAUAUCAAAAAGGAAAGGGAAAAAGAUAAAUCAGGCUUGGGAAAUAAAAUAAACAUGGAUGUUGCAAUAACUGUUAAAAGCAAGAAACAGAGAGCAAUUCAUGAACAAUUAGUGAUCUGCUGUCUGCAAAAUGCUUCAGACAUUUUUCAACGACUUGGCUGCAAAAUUUCUGCAAUGAGAGCUGUUCAUAGGAAUAGGACCAACGACUUGACACUCGAGAGAUAUGAAAGGACAAGUAGGGGACCCUCUAUGAAAUCUCUGAUAAUAAUGGGGUGUGAAACUCAUGGCACUAUAAAAUGGGGUUUCAACCCAUGGCUUUGCAUUACACUGCAAAAAAUGGGGAGAAAGGAAAAUUUGUGUUUGGAGAAGUCACUCUCCCUCUUUGUCCUCAUUGUUAUGCUGCAUAACUCACUCAAUGUUGCUUCUGACUCUAUUGAUGAAGCCAAUGCUCUUCUCAAAUGGAAAGCCAGCCUUCCUAAUCAAACCCAAUCUAAAUUAGCUUCAUGGUCUCUCCUUCCUAAAAAUUCCACUGUCUCCCAACCAUGCACUUGGUUUGGAAUUUCUUGCGAAGAUGGAAGUAUCAAUAGACUCAAUCUCUCAAAUUCAGGUAAUGAAGGCACACUCGAUGAAUUUUCAUUUAAAUCCUUCACUAAUCUUGCAUACGUUGAUCUAAGCAUCAAUGGCCUUAGUGGUUCCAUUUCACCCCAAAUCAGUCAGCUAACAAAGCUCAUAUAUCUCGACUUGUCGAGUAAUCAUUUUUCUGGAAAUAUCUCACCUCAGAUUGGCUUGCUUACUCAUCUUGAGGUUCUGCAUCUAUUUGAAAAUCAGUUGAAUGGCUCCAUUCCACCAGAGAUAGGAAAUCUAAAAUCACUUUAUGAUCUACAGUUGGGCCAUAAUCAACUCAAUGGUUCUCUUCCAGCUUCCCUUGCCAAUUUAAAAGACUUGGAAAUUCUUUUUCUCUGUGACAACAAACUUUCUGGUUUCAUUCCUCAAGAAAUAGAAAAUCUCACAAAGUUGACUAAGCUGGCAUUAGAUAGUAACCAGUUCACUGGUUACCUGUUAGAAAAGAUUUUUCAUAGCAGAAUACUUCAACUCUUCUCUGCAGCUGACAACAAUUUCACAGGUCCUAUACCCAAAAGCUUGAGAAACUGCACAAGUUUGGUUCGAUUGCGCUUGGAAGGAAAUCAACUAGUUGGAAAUGUAUCAGAAGCCUUUGGAGUCCACCCAAAUCUAACGUUUAUUAAUAUUAGUGACAAUAAGUUUCAUGGUGAGAUCUCAUCUAAAUGGGGAAGAUGUCCAAAAUUAGUCACCCUACGAAUUUCUAGAAACAAUAUUACUGGAAGCAUACCACCUGAUAUUGAAAACAUCAAUCAUCUGCAUGAACUUGAUUUUUCUUCCAAUCAUAUAGUUGGGGAGAUUCCAAGGGAACUCGGAAGGUUGACUUCCUUAUUCAAACUGUGUUUGAAUGGAAAUCUACUCUCUGGUAGCGUACUUCCAGAAUUUGGAUCAUUCACUAACCUUGAGUAUCUAGACCUGUCUUCAAAUAGAUUGAGCCAUUCAAUACCAAAUCAACUCGGGAAUCUCACGAAGCUAAACUACUUAAAUUUGAGCAAUAAUCAAUUCAACCAGAUAAUUCCAGUUCAGUUGUUGAAGUUAGUUCACCUUUCCCAACUGGACCUAAGGAAUAACUUGCUUAUCGGUAAUAUACCGUCUGAAAUAAACUCUUUGGAAAGCAUUGAGAAGCUUAAUCUUUCCCAUAAUAAUCUCUCUGGAGGCAUUCCUUACAGCUUCAAUAAUAUGCAUGGCUUGUCCUACGUUGACAUAUCCUAUAAUGAGUUGGAAGGUCCUAUACCAGACAGCAGAGCAUUUCGAGAUGCUGGCUUUGAAGCACUGCAGGGAAACAAAGGAUUGUGUGGUGAUGUCCAAGGACUAAAACCAUGCAAACUAGACAACACGAAGAAGAGCAAAAAAGUCAUGUUCUUAAUCAUAUUCUUCCCUCUUUUAGGAGUACUUUUAUUUCUACUUGCUCUUUGUGGAAUUUUCUUCAUCAGAGGAAAAAGAAAGGGAGAUCCUCAAGCUGAAAAAAGUAGCAUGCCUAAUAAAAGUGUCUUUUCCAUAUCAACAUUUGAUGGAAAGAUUAUGCACGAAGAAAUCAUCAGAGCAACCAAGGAUUUUGAUGCCUCACAUUGCAUUGGAAAGGGUGGAUUUGGAAGCGUCUACAAAGCAGAGUUGCCAUCAGCUGGCAUUGUGGCUGUGAAGAAACUUCAUUCGUCGUGUGACAGUCAUUAUACAUCCCAAAAGGAGUUCUUGAAUGAGAUAAGGAUGUUAUUGGAGAUACGACAUCGAAACAUUGUGAAGCUUCAUGGGUUCUGUUCGAGUGCUCGAUACUCAUUUCUAGUCUAUGAAUACCUUGAAAGGGGCAGCUUGACCUCAAUCCUGAGCAAAGGAGCAGCGGCUAAAGAAUUAGAUUGGAAUAAGAGAGUGGAGAUUGUUAAAUGUAUUGCCCAUGCCCUCUCUUACAUGCAUCACGAUUGCUUUCCUCCAAUUGUCCAUCGAGACAUUUCAAGCAACAAUAUUUUGUUGGAUUCCAACUAUGUGGCUCAUAUAUCAGACUUUGGUAUCGCUAAGCUUCUUAAACCUGACUCAUCUAAUUGGACCGCAUUUGCUGGCACAUAUGGAUAUGUUGCUCCAGAACUUGCUUACACGAUGAAGGUAACCGAGAAAUGUGAUGUGUAUAGCUUUGGGGUAAUAGCACUGGAAGUGAUCAAAGGAGAGCAUCCCGGUGACAUCAUCUCUUCUAUAUCCUCCACUUGGACUGAGGAGAACACGCUGACAGAAGAUAUUUUGGACCAACGCCUUCCACCUCCUUCACGUAAUGUUGUGCGUGAACUAAUAAAUGUGGUGAAAAUAGCAACUCAAUGCUUGAAUCCUAAUUCACAAUCUAGGCCAACAAUGGGUAUGAUUUCCAAGCUAUUUUUGUCCUCAUCAAUAGUGCUUUCUCUUCCUUCAACAUCAAGAGAAGCCCUACUAUUUGACAAUAUUUGA